AUGGCCGAUCAAACAUGGCCUAUUAACCCAGAAAGCAAAACCAAACUUCUGAUUGCCGUCGAUGGCCGUCCCAAGUUCUGUCAACCGCCACCGGAAGGCUACUUUGGGAAUGUCAUUGCAUGGUCGAGUGCACAGAGCAAGGCACGAGACUUAACGAGGAAAACUAUUGAUUUUGCUGUAAGAAUAGUGCAGAAUGCUAUCAAAGAAGUUACGGAAGAUUAUAUAAGAACAGCAAUAGAUCAUCAUGAGUUAACAAGAAAAGGGCUCGUUCUUGAAAAUUCACUAUGGAUCACUAAGGGGACUAGGCUUCCUUUUUAUGAAGCAAAUUUUGGAUGGGGAGAGCCAAUGCAGGUUGGUCCGGCUUCACUUGUGGACAAUCUUGCUAUCACCCUUUUGCAAGGGAAAGAUAGUGAGAACAUAGCUGUGUCAUUGAGCCUUCCAGCUUCACAAAUGGAAGUAUUCCAAGUGCUCAUCCAACCAGAAGGAUUUUAA